GGGGAAUUGAGAGAUAUUUAGAUGCGAAGAUGUCCAUCAUAACUGCUGUACAGCUGUUCGAGCGGGAAGCUCUGGAUUUACUCUUCACUCCGAUUGUAAAGGAAUUACUGUCGUACGUUCGAGGCUGGGCACCUCGGUCCUGCCCUUACAAUAGUGCACAAAAUGUGCAAAUGGAGGAAAAUGAGCAGAAAAUGCAGAGAGAGGAUGUUGAUGAAAUGGCUCCACAAAAACAAAAUGGUGAGGAAGAAGAGAAUGUUGGUGGAAAAGAAGAGGCAGCUGGAAAUGGUGACGAAGAAUCAAAUGAAGCACUGAAUCAUGCUCCAUUAGACUUCGCAGUACCUAAAAACUUUAAUGAGGAGAACACCACAUAUAAAAAGAAAGAAGAGUCACCACCAGUGGUGACUGAAUUCCACUUACAAUGGCAGCAACCAUCAAGUCACUGCCAAAGGGAUCUACCACACCCAUCUUCUGGUUGUUGUCAGCUAGAUUCACAAACACUUGUGGCAGUUGCUGGCUAUCGAGGGCAAUCAACUCCUGUCUCUGGACACCAAUGGCAGUACGCUUAUCAACCCAGCUCUAGCUCUAUGCCACGAGGGGAUCAGCGGCAACAUGGUCAAAAGAUUUCAAGGUUGAUACCUGAACCACAAGGGCUUGAUGGUCAAGGAAGCUCUGGACCAAUGCCUAACCAACGGCAACAUCACUACCACCCUGUUGGUAGCUCCGAUCCAUCCCUUACAUAUGGAAUAUCUGCACAGAGGGUAAUAUAAUUUUUAAAGCUUUAAAUUUAUUUUACAGUGUUCAAUCAUUAAGAAAUUUAAAUACUUUGGUAGUUUAAAGGUUUUAUAAAAGUGCUAAUUGUAU